CAGAUGCGAUAGAAAGCGAUUCAGUAUGUUUGCAGUGAACAAUCUCAGAUGUACGUAAAAGCUCCGUGGAAAGUGCUUAAUAUUGAGUCAACAUCUUGCUUGCUCCCGUUGUUUGUUUCAAAUAACUGAUCUGAUGAAUAAGUGGAAUUUUAUUUUGAACACUCAACCAAGCGGAGAAGCAAAAGGAAAAAAAUGCAUUUACAAGAAUCUCACAAGAACGACGAAAAUGUCGCAGGAUCCCACAAAAAUCCGAGGGCUAACGCUAAAGACAAUCGGCAACAAGAACGCCAGGACCAAAACAAAUCGAAUCAACGGAAAUCUAUCAUAAACGACAGUCCCAAAUAUCAAGAUCAAGACAUACUAAGAUUUCAGCCCCCGCCACCAUCAAAGCCACCACCAUCAAUCGCACCAGCGGCUCUUCAAGCCCGAUUUCUACAAAACAUUGGUGCUGGUGCUGGUAUCGGAACGGGUGCUACGGUGAUAGCGGUGGAUUCGUCCGAGGAUCAGGUAUAUCCUUUUCCAAAUCAACUACAGCGUUCUGCAACACUACCAGCCAAACAUAAUCGUCUAGGAGUACGAAGUCGGGUGACUUUCAAGGUCCCGUCAACGAUAACGCCGUCUCCAUCGCCAUCGGCAUCGCCUGCUGUUGCCCCUGCUCCUGUUGCUCCUGUUGCUCCUGUUGCAUUGGAAAGAAGCAGCAACAUUGCAACACCGAACAACUGUAACCAAGUGGCACAAAAGGAAACGGCCAAAAUGACGUCUGAGGAUCUAUUGCAACCGGGACAUGUAGUUAAGGAACGUUGGAAGGUUGUCCGCAAGAUUGGUGGAGGUGGCUUUGGCGAGAUUUAUGAAGGCCAGGACUUGAUAACCCGUGAACAGGUGGCGCUCAAGGUCGAAUCAGCACGUCAACCGAAACAGGUACUCAAAAUGGAGGUGGCCGUUCUGAAAAAGCUGCAAGGAAAGGAGCACGUAUGCCGUUUCAUUGGAUGUGGAAGAAACGACCGUUUCAACUAUGUUGUAAUGCAGCUGCAGGGUAAAAAUUUGGCCGAGCUGAGGAGAGCACAGCCACGGGGAGCAUUCUCCCUGAGUACAACACUUAGACUGGGCCUACAAAUCUUAAGGGCCAUUGAAUCGAUACAUUCUGUUGGCUUCCUUCAUCGCGACAUUAAGCCGAGCAAUUUUUCAGUAGGUCGUUUACCCUAUAAUUGCCGGAGAGUGUAUAUGCUCGACUUUGGACUAGCGCGUCAAUAUACCACGGGCACAGGCGAGGUUCGUUGUCCCCGAGCAGCUGCUGGAUUCCGGGGUACAGUUCGGUACGCCUCAAUAAAUGCUCAUCGUAACCGGGAAAUGGGACGGCACGAUGAUCUAUGGUCCUUAUUCUAUAUGCUUGUUGAAUUUGUGAAUGGGCAAUUGCCGUGGCGAAAAAUCAAAGACAAGGAACAAGUUGGAUUAACAAAAGAGAAAUACGAUCACAGAAUACUAUUGAAACACUUACCGUCGGAUUUGAAACAAUUCUUAGAGCACAUUCAAUCACUUACCUAUGCGGACAGGCCAGAUUAUGCGAUGCUAAUUGGCCUCUUCGAGCGGUGUAUGAAACGACGGGGCGUUAAGGAGGCCGAUCCGUACGAUUGGGAGAAAGUAGAUACCGCCACAAUAGGCAACAUUAAUUCGGCAACAAAUGCUCCAACAGCUCCAGUGAAAAACGAAUAUAUCCAUGGCAAUAUCACUCAAAUGACGGUAGCUGCCUCAAAUGCCAGCGGUACAGAAUACAUUCGGAAACGUAACGAUAUUGACACUGCUCAGAUGGCGUCAACGGAGCCUCUACAUAUUAAAGAAAAGGUUGAUAAGAAUUGCAAUGCAACAACAACGCCACAAGCCUCAGGGGAAUGCGCAAUGCAAAAUGUGAAUUCAGGUAAUCAAAAUACAUUGCCAAAACAGCAGCAGCAACAACAACAACAACAACAACAACAGCAAUUGGUGCUGGCCGUAAAUAGUUCGGUGGCUAUGCCGAAUUUUCCCAGUGCAUUGAUCAAAUCAUCAACAGUGGUCAUUGCGAACCAUGAAGCAACUGCUGGAGCUGCAUUAAAGUCCGCACAGGCCACAAAUCAUGGGAAGCGGUAUAUGGGUCAGGGUCAAGGUCAAGGUCAAGGCCAGGGUCAAGGACAAGGGCAGGGACAGGGACAGGGACAGGGACAGGUUGGAUCUGCGUCAAAUCAAAACAACUCGGCUCCAGUAUACUAUACGGAAGAUAAGGCUGUCACCGUUCCACAUCCGUUGCCACUGUUGGCAAAGCUACAAACCGAAGGCAAUAACGAUGUUGUAGUAGCAAAUACUACAGCCGACAAUGAUCUCGAAUAUAAAAUCAAAAAUGGUCAUAUUAAUCCAGAGAGAGAUAGUGCUAGCAGUACUCCUCAACAGCAACAACAGCAACAACAACAACAGCAACAACAACAACAGCAACAACAGCAACAGCCGACGAAAGAAAAUAUUGUCGAGGGUACUCCAAAGUAUCAAUCACAUCAGCAACCAAUAUCCGAUAAAGUCAAUGUCAAUGAUAACCGGCGAUCAGCGAGCACCAUUAAUCUGGGGGAUCAAAAAUCAACAUACGGACGGCUGCGGGUUUUAGCCAUACCACCCAAUCCGACCCAGUCUCAGUCCGGUCACGAGAAUCAGGAGUUUGAUGCAAUGAUUUGUGCUACAGACAGUCCAAUGGCCAAACAGAUCUUCACAACAAUACCGCCAGCAAAUCGACGAUCAAUGACUUCAACCAAUCUGCGUCCUUCGUCAUCCGGUGCUGGUACUGCAACAGGAUCAAUCUCCACCCAACGCCUCAGCAGUGGCGGUGGUAUUAGCGGUGCUGCAGUCACAGCCGUGGCCGUGGGUUCCUUUGCUGCCAAAAGCAGCUUUGCUGGCGAUCACUCUGUAACACAGUUCGCACUGAUCGAUGAUGAGAAUGUAUCGGCGCUACAACAGGUAACAAAAGGCGGUGGAGCCCUUACACUAGCCUCCCAAUGGAAGAGUCAGUUCGAUGAUUCCGAGGACACUACGGAUAACGAGUGGAAACAAGAGCCACAGUCACAACCAAAUGUGGAUAAAUCAACUAAAGCGGAUCUAUCUUUGGCAUUAUUACGUGCAACUUCCAAUUUUCCCGUAACUCGUCACAUCAAUUUAAAAGCAGAGCCUUCCGGAACUGAUAAGGUCAAGAGAUACACACUUAAUAUAGCUGGCAUCGAGAACUAUGAGACAUUGCAACUAUCCAUACCGCACUGUUGGUCCGAGCCGGCAAUGGGUAAUGUAUUGCGAAAAGAAUUAGAGCCGCCAGCUGUGCAGCAAGCAGCUUUUGAUGAAACAGUGUAUCGCAUGGAUAUCGCCAGGAAUGUUUGUGUACGUGAAUCUUAUUCAGAAAUCGCCUCAUUGUCGAAUCAACAAAAAAUGAUGACAAAUGCUCUGCCCUCAAUCACAUCACUCAAAGAUGAGGCAGCUGCUGUCGAUGUCGAUAUAAAAAAUUCAAAUGAGGAUCAAUCAAUCAAUCAAAGCAAACAUCGUAGUAGCCUUCCAAAUGUCUGUCUAAUCGAUAUUUUUGAUGAGAAGCCAGAACCGGCAAUAAACUUGAACAGAAAUCGAGAUCCGGCUAAAAAUCCGUGUGCUGGAAUCCAUCAAGAUCAGGAUCACGAUGAUAUCGGAGUGCCUUGGUGUGCCAAGACAACAUUUUGCCAACGAAGCAAUUUGCCAAAACAGCCGCCCACAAAUCAAAUGACUCCGGAUAUGACAUCAUUUCAUCAAGGAAGCCGAAUCUCCGAACUUCUAGAUGCUGAUUAUCCACGUGAAGAUGGUUGCAUUAGUGGGCGACUUGAGAUUCGUGUCAUUCCCAAAGAAAACUCACAUCUGGACGAGUCUGUCUACUAUGAUGCCUUAGCAGCUACUGUUAAAACUCCAAUAUCGAAUAGGGUAGGAGCUGCGGGUGAUACGCAAGGUGCAGGUCAACCAAGUGAUAAGGAGCCCAUUAACUGUGAUGACAUAAUAGAAUCGGCAAAAGCUAAACUAGUCAGCUCUUCGACAACAAGUUUAAUCAAAACUGCAACAGCAAUUACCAAUUGUAGUCCACUUAUGAGCCAGCAAAAAGAGACACCAGGAACUCCCAAUGAGAUCAGCUCCUGCAGCAUUAAUUCCGUUGAAGGGAUCAAGGUCAAGCUAAAUGGCAAUAUCAAUAUCAAUGGCAGUGGCAGUGGCAGCCAGGUAACUUCUACCACUAAUCGAGAUGGAAUAUCAAAUAUAGCUGCUGCUUCUGCUGCUGCUGCUGCAUCUGCUCCUGCUCCUGGAUGCGAUAUAUCAUCAUUGUCAACGCCUAGUAAGAUUCCUGUACUAACAUCAAAUUUGCGUCAGUCAAAAUGUGCUUCUUGGGCGGGUGUCGUCACUACCAACAAUGUACCAGCACCUGGGUCAAUUGGAGCACAUGAUCUUCAGAAUUCACCCAACGAGACACAGACACAGAAACAGACAUCCAUUCUGGACCCAAAUGAUAGUCCUCUCCAUUAUGUUACUGGUUUACAAAAUAUUCCUAAUAUUACGGAUUUAACACCAGGAUUACGACGCCGUCGAGAGUCUUCUGAAGGAAAGUAUGUAACAGAUCCGACGCAAUUAAAUCUAAGAUUUCAACGUCCACGGUGUCGGGCUUCCAGCAGUUCUCGCGGCGUUCCAACAUCAAUGCUGGGCAAUUUUGAUGAUCAGUCAACUGAUAACAGUGAAGAUAAGGCUGGCAAGGGAUUAGGUGAAGACAUUACGGGAUUUGGGUCAGUUUCAUAUAAAGCCGAACCAUCAGCUGCAGCAUGGAAUCAAAAUACAAAUGAGACUCCAUUGCGAAAUGAUAUUUCGCCACCGCCGGGUGAUCCCAAAAUUGAGAAUAGUGCACGAUUACGUCGAUACAGACAUAAUAUAGAAUAAUUUAAAAAAAAAAAAAAAAAAAAAAAAAAAAGCAGCUUAUAAAUUUAAAAGCAAUAGUCUCAUGUCAUAGUAAUGAAUCGAAUAGUCAUAGAAAUAAAUACAUAAAUGGAAUUAACCCGUAUCCACGAGAAUAUACA